GGCUGCAAAGCGAUGAUCCGACUUGCAAUCUGCGAUGACUCCACUUGGUAUGUAAAAGUAUUCGUUGGUGAACACAAUCACCAGUUGGUACAAAGCUGUGGAGAAAAGAAACACCUAUCAUCUCACCGUCACAUUGACAAGCAUACAAAGGAAUGGAUACGUCACCUAAGGGAGAACAAUGUCAGUCUAAGUAGGGUGAAUUUGGUUUUGGGCAGUGUAUUUGGGUCAAUGGGAAAUGUACCCUUCAGCAAGAAGACACUCAGGACUUUUUGCUCUUCUAUUGCAUCUGAUGCCUUAAAGGACGAUGUCAAGAAAACAAUGGAGAGUUUCAGAGAAAUGAUAUCAAGUGAUCCGAGAUUUGUCUUCUCUGUCCAGCUAGAUGACAACGAAAAUUUGAAAUCUCUUAUGUGGACAAGCGGCCGGAGCAGAUCUUUAUAUCAGUAUUUUGGAGAUGCUGUUACAUUUGACACCACAUAUGAUACUAACAUAUACAAAAUGCCAUUUGGGAUGUUUGUUGGCGUGAAUAAUCACUUUCAGAGUGUAAUUUUUGCUGGAGUUUUGCUUACCAAUGAGACAAAUGCUGACUUCAAAUGGGCUUUUGAAGAAUUUAUUGCAAUGAUGGGAGGCAAAGCCCCUUCAACAAUUCUCACGGAUCAGUGCUUAGCCAUGACUAUUGCUAUCCGGGAAAACCUGAAGAAAACAACCCACAGGUGGUGCAAAUGGCAUGUUCUCCGUCGGGCUGGUGAAGCUCUCGGCCAUGUGCAUAAAGCUCAUAAAACAUUCGCAGGGGACUUCAACAAACUAGUCAACCACAUGCUAACCGUUGAGGAGUUUGAAAAUGGUUGGGAGCACAUCAUAAGUAAGUAUGGCCUAGAGGACAACCCUUUCAUGAUAAGGGCUUAUGAGGUUAGAGACAAAUGGGCUAAACCAUAUUUCAAAGAAGUGCAACCUCAAAUGUAG